GCCGGGCUGCGCCAACCGCAGAGUGCGGGGCUGGCCUCCGCUCCCGGUUCCCUUCGCUGCCCAGUUCCGGGCCUCGGAUGGCCACGGCCCGCGGAUAACCCGCAAACACCAGGCGAGUAGACUAGGCUGGGGCGUGGGCAGAAACUUCGAAGCCACACGCGCAAGACGGGUUAUUUCGGCUGCAGGGGGUGGAGGAGGGUAAGGUAGAAAACAAGGGUAGUGACGUCAUUCGGGCUUCUUUCCCCUGCCUCCUCCCCAGCUCUUCGCACCGAAUCGUCGCCAGUACGGCAAACUAGAAAGCGCGAACAGGUUUGGGCGCAUGCGCUCCGUAAAGCCGCAUGACAACUGACGCUGGGCUUUCUGGGACAAGUAGUCUACAGGAUCGUCCAAGGAGGCGACUGCUCUCCGCCUACAUAUCUCAGAAGUCUGAGGGCGGCGGGGGAAGGUCCGCGUCUGGUCUUCACCCAGGGGGAUGGCGCUUUUGUUCCCUGUAGCCCCCCCUACUUAUUAUAGGGGUGCCCAAAUUCGCAGAGAGACGCCAUUUUCCAAUGGAGUGAUGUAACACACUAGAGCGGCAAUUCUGCCUCGCGCCGGCGUCUCCACGGCAACCCCCCGCCCUCGCCUUCAGUUGGGAGGGUCACCAUAGCGAAAUGGAGAAAUGAGGGGUCGCGGUUGCAUGUGCGCAUGCGCUGCCGAGCCCAGAGGCCCGCUCUGGAGUCCGCAGAGAAGGUGAAGGCGGCGAGGCCCCGGAAUCAGUGAGAAGAGGAAGGAGUGGAGGCUCUCCGGGCCAACGGAAUGGAGAAAGGACCUGGCCCCAAGGUGCCAGGGAAGAGACUGCUCAGGGGCCCCAAGAGAGACCGGAAAUCGAUCACCCUGCACGUCAAGCUGGAAGUGCUGAGGCGCUUUGAGGAGGGGGAAAAGCUCACGCAGAUCGCCAAGACCCUGGGGCUGGCCACCUCCACAGUGGCUUCUAUCCGGGUCAACCGAGAGAAGAUCAGAGCCAAUUCCCAGGCCGCCACGCCCCUCAGCGCCACCCAGCUGACCCGGUGCCGGGGCGUGGUGAUGGGCAACAUGGAGAGGCUGCUGAGCCUGUGGAUCGAGGACCAGAAGCAGCGGCAGCUGCCCAUCAACACCAUGCUCAUCCAGGAGAAAGCCAAGAGCCUGUUUGAGGCCCUGAAGCAGGAGCACGGGGAGAGCGCCCAGGCGGAGACCUUCGGAGCCAGCAACGGCUGGUUUGCCCGGUUCAAGGCUCGGCACAACGUGCUCCUGACCGACGAGCCCGCCGUGGCCGACACGGAAGCGGCGCGCAGGUACCCGGACACGCUGAGAAAGAUCAUCGCCGACGGCGGGUACACCCCGCAGCAGGUUUUCAACAUCGACGAGACGGGGCUCUUUUGGAAGCGCUUGCCCGAAAGGACGUUCAUGUCUCUGGAAGACCGAGCCGGGCCGGGCUUCAAGGCCUCCAAGGACCACCUGACCCUGCUCCUCGGAGGCAACGCCGCCGGGGACUGCAAGCUGAAGCCGCUGCUGGUGUACCCCUCGGAGAACCCGCGGGCCCUGAAGGGCUGCUCCAAGCCCAGCCUGCCCGUGAUCUGGAGGUCCAACCGCAAUGACUGGGUGACCAUGAGCAUCUUCCAGGAGUGGUUCACCAAUUUCUUCUGUCCCGCCGUGGAGAGGCACUGUGCCGAGAACCAGCUGCCCCACAAGGCCCUGCUGAUCCUGGACAGCGCCCCGUGCCAUCCGGCCCACCUGGACGACCUCUCCGCCAACAUCAGGGUGGAGUUUCUGCCCAAAAACACGUCGGCCUUGAUCCAGCCCAUGAACCAAGGGGUGAUCGCCACCUUCAAGGCCUUUUACCUGAAGAGGACGCUCUGCCAGCUGCUCCAGGAGACCGACGGGGACGAGAAGCCCAGCAUCCGGGAGUUCUGGCGCAGCUACAACAUCAUGACGGCCGUGGACAACAUCGCCGAGUCCUGGCAGGAGCUCAAGCCGGCGACCAUGAACGCCGUGUGGAGGAAGAUCUGGCCCGAGUGCGUGCACGCCUCCUCCGAGGCCGAGGCCCAGAUCCAGCAGAGCGUGGUCGCACUUGGCGGCCACGGUGCCUUCGGGGCGGCGGCGGAAGAUGAUGUGGUCCGCCUGCUCCGGUCUCACGAAGGAGACCCGUCGGGGGGGCGCCGAGAGGAGGAGCCGCUGGGCGCCCCCUCCCCAGGAACCCCCCCGGAGCUGACCACCAAGCAUUUGGCAGAAGCCCUCUCCCACUUCGACCGGGGACUGCAGAUCCUCGCCGAGAAUGACCCCAAUCGCGAGCGGAGCCUGAAGGUGCGUCGCGGGGUGAAUGGCGCAAUCAGCUGCUAUCGGGAGCUGUACAGGGAGAAAAAACGGGGCGCGAAGUAGAGGACUCUGCGAGUGCCUUCUCUCCCUUGGGGAUGGGCCAGACCUUCGGAUGGCCCGUCUCCAUCCUCAGGGGCCUCCUGGGGCCGGAGGUCCUGCCCGGCGUGCCCACGGAGAGCCUGGAGCCUCUGCCAUGCACGGAAGGAGAGAGCCGGCAUACAAAGCAGGUAAAUCAUCAGGAGGAGCCUCGGAAAGCGGCCCUCGAGGCCGGCUGUUAGCUGCGGAGACCAGUGCGCGGUAGGAAGCUGGGGGGCCUCGGGGGAGGGGGCGGGCCACAAUCCCCUGCACGGCUCCGGACUUGGCUGUUAAGAAAAUAAACCCAUGUUUGGUUGACAAAUCUGGCUCCUGAGAUCGGCCUGGCCAGCUGGCUGCCACGUAGCACGGCGGAGAAAAGCCGCAGGGGAUCUGAGGGCCCCCCGAGCAAGCAGCAGGCGAGGCCGCGGCGCAGGCCCUGGGGCGGCCUCUGGGCACACGGGGGCCCGGUCUGAUGGGAGGGAGAGCCGAGGGGGCGAAUCAUGGCGGCCGCCGCCAGGAGGAGGGUCGGCAAGGUCGGAGGAAAAUGUGGGAGAGGGGAAGGGAAGGCUUUGGGGAGGAGCUGGCGCCUGAGCUCAGGAAAGGAUGGCAGACAAAGGGUUGGGUUCCCAAGACGGGGUCCCACCGUGAGCAAGGGCUGUGGUCCAGCAGAGGGGGGGGGGGACAGUCCCUGCACUCUGCACCACUGACCGGCCUGAGAUGGGGCCCUGAGGGCGAGGAGAGCCAGUGGGAGCCGAAGGACUCCUUCCCUGUGAGGGCGGACUGCGGUGGCCGGGUCCGAGAUGAUUCUCCUUGUCUCCACAGGGAGGGAAGAGUCAGGGAGCCAGGAGGGGAGGCCGCCGCUUGUGAGGUCCCUGCAGCCUGAAGGUCCCUGAGGCCCUCUGACUUAUCUUUGGUUCCUCCAUACCAUAGUUUUCCUGUGUCUGGGGCCAAUGAAAAGAGAUAGGGACGAAGGGUAAAAAGCCAUCAGCUUGGUACUGACCAAGAAACAGGGUGAGGGAGCCCAGUCGACGGGCAGGAGAGCACGUGCGAACGGCCAUUCCCUCUGUGAUGGAGGAUGGAGGGAGGGCAAGAAGCCCCUGCCCCCCAGAGCCCAUCUCCCUCUCAGUCCCGAGUCCCCUUCGAUCUUCAUCGCUCCGGCCCCGACGUCUCCCAGGCUCCCUCCUUGGCUCCUCUUCCUCCUCCUCCUCCUCUACUGCUUAUUUCAGUGCCGUUGCUGCUCUGCCUCCGCAAUGGGGCUCUCGCCUGGAGUAGCCCCUUAAUUGGAGGAUGGAUGGGGAAAGGGAGAUGGUGGGAGAAAUACAGCCCAAGUCCCAUGACAGAGCCCUGACCAGGUUGACCUCUUGCCCCUCAGAAUCUCUAACUUGUUGCUCAGUUGUCACCCUUGGGUCUGACUCUGUUGACCCCAUUUGGGAUUUCUUGGCAGAGAUCCUGGAAUGUCCAGCUCAUUUUAAAAAUGAGGAAAUUGAGGCAGAGGGGCUUAAGUGACAGCUAGAAGGGCUUUGAACUCAGGAACAGAAGCCUCUGGCCCUGUGGCCCCGCCGCGCUGCCCAGAAAUCCAUGAUUCUUCUAGGUUAAAAUACAGACAGUCUCUGUUUCGGGGGUUGAAGCGCUGAGACAAAACCCAGGAGAGUGUGAGUCUCUGCCUCCCCAGUGCCCAGACAGCACACGCAGAAUUAAGUAGCAUCUCAUUCCAGUUUUUUUCAAUGAAUUGUUUUUAGAUAGCGAAAUUAAGCCUUCUCUCCUUCCUGUCCCCUCCCUCGGAAAUGAGAGUAAGAAAAUAAAAGCCCUGUGUGUACACACACAAGAAAGUCUGAGUCUGUCCUCUGAGCUCCGUAGUCGUCUGCAAUCUUAGGGGUCACUGAGCUGAUUACCGUGAGUUCCUAAAUUUUCCAAAGCCAUUUUGCCUUCAGUGCUCUCCCGGAUACGCUCACAUCCCUUGGUCUCUAUCCCUACAUGUCUUACCAGGUCUUCCUGAAACCCACUGAGUAUUCCUUCCAGUAUAAUGGUGUCCUGUCACAUUUCCCUACCACAACGUUUCUCACCAGUCCCCUCCAUCUCCAGUUCUUUGCCCCUACUGUCUCCAUAUUUGUUACAUCAUUAGGACUUAGCUUGGGACUGAGCCCUUCCUUAAAUUGCCCUCUCAUCUCCCCGCCUUCCUUCCUUUUGUUCUUUUUAGAUCAUCAAGACAUAACUCCUCAGAAGCCAUUUAUCUAAUUGGAUUCUCUAACCCUGAGGAUAAUUGAGUUCUGAGGGCUCACGUGGAUCUCCUCUCCAUUUUAGAUAGAAAGCUUCUGAUUGCACAAUCAUUUCUCUUGAUUCCUGUGUUUGUGCUUCACAGUUUCUAUACAUCUCUAUUCUUUUCUUCUGUCAUUCUUGGACCCGUUUUUUCCCCCAGUAGAAUCAGACUCAGCUUUUCUAUGAAUUAUUCUUCGUUUGUAAAUCAACAUUAUACGUCUCCUGGAUUAUUGGAUCCAAAUUUUUUACUCUUUAUAGUGAUGGCUGAUAAAUUACAUGUAGUCCUAAGUAUGGCUCCUUGACGUUUGAAUGCUUUCUUUCUGGCUUCUUGCAGUUUUUUUUUCCUUGACUUAGAAACUGGAUUUUGGCUGCAAUGUGCUUUGGAGUUUUCAUUUUGGAAUUUCUUCCAGGAGAUGAUAGGUAGAUUCUAUUUCCAUUUUGCCUUCUGUUUCCAAGAGAUCUGGACAAUUUUCUUUUAUGAUUUCUUGAAAUAUGAUGUCUAGCUUGUUUUUUUGGGUCAUGACUUUCAGGUAAUCUAAUAAAUCUUAGAUUUUUCCCCUCCUGAAUAUGUUUUCCAUGUCAGUCAUUUCUGCUAUAACAAAACUUACAUUUUUUUCCGGUUUUUUCAUCUUUGAUCUUUUUGAUAGUUCUUCCCAUCUCAUCUCUUAUUGUUAGUUUUUAGUUGACUCAUUGUAACUUUCAGGGAAUUUGAUGCUUGGGCAAGAUUUUGUCCUUUUUGUGCCAAACCAUUAAUUCCCUUUCUAGUUAUUUUUUUUUAUUAGCUCUCAUUUUUUUUUUCAAUUUUUUCCUUUCCUUUAGAACUCUCAUUUCAUUUAUAAAAAAUUUUAAAAUUCAUUUUUAAAAGCCUUGAUUUUUCUCUUCCAGUAAUUCUAGUUGAACUUGUGCCUAAGCUGUGUUUUUCUUUGAAUCUUUGCUAUAGAUGUUUUGGAGCUCCUCCUUUUGGGUUUGUGUCUUGAUCAUCCCAGUCACCAUAAUAGCUCUUUAUGGUGGGAUUCUUGGAGCUUUGUUUCUGACUUUGGACUUUGUUUAGGGCCAAGCUCCAUGCACUUCUGGUUGACUUAUAUGGUCUUGUUGCUGCUUGGGCUUGUUUGUCCUUUGUUUUUAAAGAGGAUCAAUAUGAACAGACAUUUUUCAGAUGAAGAAAUUGAAACCAUUUCUAAUCAUAUGAAAAGGUGCUCUAAAUCACUAUUGGUCAGAGAAAUGCAAAUUUAAGACAACUCUGAGAUACGCCUGUCAGACUGGCUCAGAUGACAGGAAAAGAUACUGAUGAAUGUUGGAGGGGAUGUGGGGAAACUGGGGAUGCAUUGUUGGUGGAACUGUGCAUGGAUCCAACUAUUCUGGAGAGCAGUUUGGAGCUAUGCUCAAAAAGUUAUCAAGCUGUGCAUACUCUUUGAUCUAGCAGAGUUUCUACUGGGCUUUUAUCCCAAAGAGAUCUUAAAGGAGGGAAAGGGACCUGUAUGUGCCAAAAUGUUUGUGGCAGCCCUCUUUGUAGUGGAUGCUCAUCAGCUGGCGAAUGGCUGAAUAAAUUAUGGUAUAUGAAUGUUAUGGAAUAUUAUUGUUCUGUUAGAAAGGGCCAGCAGGAUGAUUUCAGAGAGGCCUGGAGAGACUUAGAUGAACUGAUGCUGAGUGAAAUGAGCAGGACCAGGAGAUCACUAUACAUGGCAACAAGGUUAUAUGAUGAUCAAUUCUGAUGGCCGUGGUUCUUCAACAGUGAGACAAUUCAUACCAGUUCCACUUGUUCAGUGAUGAAGAGAGCCAUCUACACCCAGAAAAGAAGCCUGUGGGAACUGAGUGUGGAACACAACAUAGCAUUUUCACUCUUUCUGUUGUUGUUUGCUUGCAUUUUGCUUUCUCAUUUUUUUCCUUUUUUGUCUGAUUUUUCUUGUGCAGUGAGAUAAUUGUAUAUGUUUACAUAUAUUGGAUUUAACCUAUAAUUUUUUUAACAUGUUUAACAUAUAUUGGAUUACUUGCCAGCUAGAAGAGGGAGUAGGGGGUAAGGAAGAAAAUUUGGAACAUAAGGUUUUGCAAGGGUGAAUGUUGAAAAUUAUCCUUACAUAUGUUUUGAAAAAAAAAGCUUUAAUUUUAAAAAAUUAAUAAAAUAAAUUAAAAAGAGACCACCGGCA